UCAAGAGCGCGAAGUGUGGAUCGAUAUCCUGUCGUGCCGGAAGUCACUGAAGAAAAUGGUUUUUCAGUAAAUAAAUAAAUAUCGGGAAAAAUAAGCUAAAUGGAACAUCAAUCUGACAUGGGCGCUUACGGAGAAAAUCCAAAUGUCCAGAACAGUGGAAAUUAUAUCACAAUAAUACCUGUGGAUUAUUCGAGGCGUGGAUAUCCCAUGCAAGCUGAAUAUCAAUACAAUGAAUUCAGGUCCCGUGAAGAGUACUACAGUGUCCAAAGUCAGAAGUUGCAGGCGGAGGUGAAUGCGCACCUCUACUCGGUGUCCCAGAGAUUACCGCACCUGUCCUAUAGUCCACUAGGCCGCCACAGCGACUGGGACAAACAUGACCCUCACAAACCUUUGCAGCCCGACUCUAAAGAGAGCAACAGUUCCGAUUCACUUGAGAAAAGUGUCAUGGGAUCGAACCUCAGUAGCUGCUCCAACCAGACUGGGUCCAGCAGUAUCGCCGCGGGUUCGUUCAGUACUACAGAACCCAUUACCAGUGGAGGCAGCUCCUCCAGUGCCAUAUCUCCGCCAUUACCAGGUUCAUCAGGCAGUACAGCAUCUUCAUCAACAGUCUCCUCGAACCCCGUCACCUGUAUCUACCUGAUGUCUCGUACUGCAAUCAUGAUGGAGAUGAGCUCUGAAGAAAUACCGUCACAUGUGACUGCGGCACGGUUCCUCAAUGCCCUGCUGGCUACUGAGGAGUUGGGCCUCUCGCAGCCGAGCACUAGAAGUUUAGCUGCUAAUGUUUUCGCUUUGUGGAUGUGCAGUCCUUUGUUAGAAAUCCAGCUAAAACCUCACCAUUGUCCGUGGAGGUUCUGGGCGAACUGGCAGAAGUUGGUACAUCGGUACGGCCACGCUUCGGAGUCGAGACUCAAUCGCGACCAGCCCGUGUUGCGACUACAGAGGAACGUGUUCUUUCCUAAACAUUUAGAAGAAGGAAUUAAGGACUCUCGAAUCCAAGAGUUGCUGUACGAAGAGGCUCGUCACAAUGUAGUCACCGGGAGGUAUCCUCUCGAGAGUGCCCAGGCCGUCAUGCUGGGAGGCCUACAAGCUAGGAUACAGCUUGGACCGUACGAUCCACAUCGACACACGGCGAGGUUUUUCAGGGCACAGCAGGACAAGUACUUACCAAAACACGCGCGGUCGGGUCGCUGGGCCGCGCUGCUGCCGGCGGGCCGCAAGGGCAGCCCCGAGGCGCGGCUGCUGGAGCAGGCGCAGCGCCCGCCCGCCGCGCCGCCGCGGAAACUGAGACACAAGUACCUCGCGCACACUAGGACAUUACCUACCUACGGAGCGGCGUUCUUCCAAGGCCAGAUCGAGCAGCCAGUGCGGAGUCUCACCAGCUUGCUCACCCAUGAAGACAUCCCAGUGCUCGUUGCUGUAAACUCCAACGGAGUCUACGUCAUCGAUGAUACUGAAAGCACGGUAUUACUGGGGCUUCUCUACGAAGAGUUGUCCUGGGACUUCGGUCUACCUUCAGACGACGGCGAGGAUUGUUUACCAUGUCUUUUCCUGCAGUUUAUGGUGGUAGAAAAUGGACUCCGUGUCUCAAAAAUUUUACAGGUAUUCUCAAAACAAGCUAUAAUGAUGGACACACUCAUUGAACACUUCGCGGGCGAGUACCGCAAGCGACUCGGGCAGGAGACGCCGAGUGAUCACGCUAACUACGAUUACCAUUCCGAUUCUGGCAGCAUAUCCCUUCCUCCGCUAUCAAGACCAGAUUCUCCUCAAAGAAGACUAGCCAACAAGCUAUCUCGUUUAGCUCUAGCUACGCAUGACGGCAGAGGAAAUCUAUUAGGUGGAGCUGGAGAUUGGAAUACAGACCUGAAUUAUCCACGCCCUUCAUGGAUAUUACCUAAGCAUUAGAAUGGAAGGGAUUUAGAAAAAUGUAAUAUAUAAUAGUCUAACUGCAUUUUGUAAGUAUACCGUAUGGAGAAACCUCUUAUGACUUAAUUUAAACCACAUAUUUGUUAUCAUCUUGGCUGACAAUAUACGAAAAAAUUGCGAAAUAGACCCAGUAGUUAAGCCAAAAAGUGCAUUAUUUCUUUGAGCUAAUUUGAACACUGAAAUAAAAAAUAGGCGAAAUAGACCCAGUAGUUAAGCCAAUAAGUUAAUUAUUUUCUUUGAGCUAAUUUGAACACUCUUUACAAAUACGGUUCUUUACAAAUUAUAACAGCCUACAACAUUACAGAUUUUCUGUGGUCAUGGCACAUGGAGCUGUUCACACAGAAUUUUAAACUUGAUUAAUUUCAUUAUUGAUGAGUACUACUUGUAGUUUCAUUUAAAUCAUAUGAGUGAUCUCCAUACUGUAUAUGAAGUAUUUUUUCUUUUCGAUCAUGUUGUACUGAUGGUGUUCACAAAUGGUGGUAUUUUCUGUAUAAUAAAGUUGGAAGAAACAUGAUUAGAAGAUCAGUAUUAUCAGACCUAGGGCGCUGAUGAUGUAAGCAGGUUAAAUUUUAUACUAGAGUAAAUUGUUUUAGGCUUUGUAUAUCCGAAGGCUUAGUACGAGUUUGUUUUACGUUAAAUGAAAAGUAAACUCGUGUUAAGGGUACAGAGCCUGUAGCCAAAUGGCUUUUAGCGCUUGUCUACUUGUAGAGUAGAAAACUAAAUUGUAUAGGAUUGACGUAAAUUUUGACACUUGUCAGUGUCAUCCCCGUACAUUGAGUUUUCUACUCUCUCUGUAGACAAGCAAAGCGACAUUUGGCUAGAGGCUCUGGUGUAUCUUGGGCAGAUAUGCCUAUACAGGGACGACUUUUUUAUGAGUUAACAUCUCGGAACUUAGUCAGUGAACUACAGUUAUGAGCCAGGGUCUUCAACUAACAAGUCGUCGUUCCCAGUUUUGUUUGGGUUAAUUGUGAAUCUCAUUACGCAAAGUAAGGACUGCCCUUUAUCUCUCUUAUUUAUAAAUUGGAGGAAAUAAUUUCAGCCAAACACAUUUAUUUGCUGUUUAUGUAUGUAUGUCAAUUUGAAUUGCGUAAUGGAAGUAUAGAUAUUGUGUUUGUAAAUAUGGAAAGUGUGGUUUUAUGAAGACGCACAUUUAUAAUAUCUAGAUAUUCUAUAAUAAGUAAAUAUAGGUACCUACUUAAAAUACCUAGUGAUCAAAAACUGAGAGUUACGGGUCUGAUCGAUAAAUAAAACCAAGUUAUAAUUAUAAAAUUUGUAUGUAAAUGUCAUAAAGUUGUUGUAAAUUGUAAAUAAAAUCCCCCAUUUUUAUUAAA